GACCAAUGGUGUUGUCUUAAUUAAUCUGAAAUCGUUGUAUACAUUAAUUAUAUAUGAAAGUAAAUCUAAAUAUUCUGGUGUCCUGGGUUACCCUUUCUGCCUGUGGAGAGCACUGCGUGCUUCACCAGCUAAGAUCUUGGAAAGAGCUCUGUAAAUAUAUAUUAUUUACAUUGCAUCUCUGAACAGAUACUAAGCAGUCCUUGCAGACACUUUUGGGAGCUUGGAGAAUUGCUGCUUCAUAAGAAGGUUAAUGCAGCCCCAGUGCUCUGGUAGCUGUUUUAUUGUGCAGUUCAAAAAAAAUCCACAGCAAACAACAAGCCAAUAAUCUGAUAACUGUUGUUCCUCUUUGUAAUUACAUUUAGCUGAUAAAUCAAUAACCUCUUCCAAAUUACCAGUUUAAAGUAAAAGUGCCUUUUGCCAAUAAUCUUUGUGUUUGUUGUCUCUGUGAUUUGUUUUUCGCCCCGCUGCUCAAACCCCAAAGGUGAUUUUGAAGGACGUGGAUUCCCUGCUUUACGUGGACACUGACGUGCUGUUCCUGAGGCCCAUCGAUGACAUCUGGCACCUCCUGAGAGACUUCAACUCCACCCAGCUGGCUGCCAUGGCCCCCGAGCACGAGAUCCCCAAGAUCGGCUGGUACAGCCGCUUCGCCCGUCACCCUUAUUACGGCUCCACCGGUGUCAACUCCGGGGUGAUGCUGAUGAAUUUGACACGGAUCCGCAGCACUCAGUUCAAGAACAGCUUGAUACCAGGUGGCUUGACUUGGGAGGAAAUGUUAUAUCCAUUGUACCAAAAGUACAAAAAUUACAUCACGUGGGGAGACCAGGAUUUGCUAAAUAUAAUUUUUUACUUUAACCCAGGUAAGGAAUGAUUCUCCGUGUUGUCAUUAUCUGCAU